AUGGGUGUCACUUCGGAUCAGCCGGUCCGGCUUUAUCCAACCGGCCACCUCGCCCAGUGGAGAGACAAUAGUGGGCUCCUUGAGUACAUCGGCCGAGCCGAUGACCUGGUCAAGAUCUCGGGAUAUCGGGUAGAGCUGGGGGACAUUGCAUGCUGCAUUGAGAAACACCGACAGGUCCACUCGUGCGUGGUCAAGUACGUUCAGGAAGGCGACGUGGACUAUCUCGAAGCAUAUGUGAUUCCGGCCGACUGGGAUAGUCAUUUCCCAUCUGACGAGCUGGUUUAUUGGGUGCAACAGAGGUUGCCAUCUUACAUGGUUCCACACAUGGUGUACGAGAAGCGCAGCUUCCCCUUAUCCGCGAAUGGGAAGGUUGACAGGAGGGCACUUCAGCCAGACAAUGAAGAGCAGCCCUGCGACGAAGAGAAUGGAAGCCAUUCGCAGAGCGAUGCAACUCAGGAGCCAAAAGAGGUCAACAGUCCAGAGAUGGAGGACCUGGUUGACUGGCUUGCAUCCGUACUUCAGGAAUACCUGACUAAAUCGGAGAUUACCCCCACCGACAACUUCCUCUCCCAUGGACUGAGCUCUCUCCAUGCUGCUCGGCUCAUUGGGCAGAUCAGGCAGGAUCGCGAAAAAAGCAUCACCCUGGCCCAGCUCCACCAAACCCCAACGGUCGAGGGCCUUUCCAAGUUUCUGUCCAGCUCGGAUGACAAGACUACCGAACUACCCAGCUUGGAGCGAUGCGUGCAGGGUUCCAAGCACCUGGAUACUGAUCUCCUGCCUCCCGACUGUGCCGGCGCCCAUAUCCAGCAGACGCUGGAAAAAUAUGACCUCUGGGAUGGUCGGCUGGAGACAACGCAGAAGAUCAUAGUUCUGGAGGACGAUUUGUCGGAUAGUACCCUUGGGCAAGGGCAAGAACAAUUCAAAUGGCUCACCGACUGGGCAAGCGUCAUCGUCCACGUCGGUGCACGGGUCAACUGGUGCGAGCCGUACGAGGCGUACUAUGUCCCUAACGUUGUGGGUACACGAAACAUCAUUCGUGCUGCGAUGUUGGGCCGUCGCAAGGCCCUGCACUAUGUCUCCUCGAUCGAUGUCUGGACCGUCACUGGAUUCAUUAACAAGAUUGAACGCGUCUAUGAGAAUGAGCCACUAAUGCCACACGCGAAUGCCGUCCCGUACGAUACAGGAUACUCGGCCAGUCAAUUCGUCGCCGAGGGAAUCGUUCAGCGAGCGAGGGCUAGUGGGCUACCGACUGCAAUCUACCGAUCUGGAUUCAUCAUUGGCCACAGCCAAAAGAGUAUUACAAACGCGAAUGACUUUUUCUCCCGGCUGAUCAUAGGCAGCAUCCAGAGUGGCUACUUUCCGCAUCUUCCCACCCAGCGCCUGGAGUAUGUGACAGUGGAAAAUGUUACCGCGGCUAUUCUACACAUUGCAUCCAGCCGGGAGAAUCUUGGUCGAGCAUAUCACAUUGUGCCGCCUGACAGAUCCGUGUCAGUUGACUACGACCAAAAGUACAAAAUGCUGCGCGAAAUUGGAUAUCCUGUGCAGAUGAUCGACUAUAAAGAAUGGGUGGACAAGAUCCGAGACUCGCCCGAGAAUGCACUGGAAUCGAUGAUGCCGUUGCUCGAUGAGCCUGUCUAUGAAGACCUGAGCCGGCUGGAGACGAGCAGAAACACUCCUGUCUACGAUCCAACGAACACGGCCCGCGCGUUGCAAGACCGACCAGAUAUCAAGUAUGUAGCUCUCGAUGCAAAUCUGCUGCAGAAGUUCAUUCACAACUGGGUGAAGCGAGGACAAUAUCAGCUCGACCAUCAUUGUAACGGCUGUUUGGAAGACAAACAUAAGUGA